AUGGGUGAAUCUAGACAAGAACUACUGGCCUGGCUGAAUGGCCUGCUUCAGCUCAACAUAACAAAAGUCGAACAAUGUGGCACAGGUGCUGCCUUUUGCCAGCUGUUCGACUCAAUCUUCCUGGAUCUGCCUAUGAACCGAGUCAAGUUCAACGUAAACACGGAAUAUGCCUACAUACAAAACUUCAAGGUAUUACAGAACUGCUUUACGAGACACAACAUCGAUCGUACCGUACCCGUCGAACAGCUUAUCAAGUGCAAGAUGCAAGAUAACCUCGAAUUUCUACAAUGGUCGAAGAGGUUUUGGGACCAGUACUUUCCAGGGCAUGACUAUGAUGCAGUAGCCCGAAGGAAGGCCUCGGGCGGCGCAGGUGCUCCUGCUGCCCCUGCUGCUGCGCGUGUGAGCACCGGCGCAAGCACCACAAGAAAGACCGGCGCGACUCCUGUCAAUAGAGCGGCUCCACGUGCCCUUAGCGCAGCCGGUGGCUCAGCAGUGCUGAAACAAGAGAACGAACAACUCAAGGAAGCUAUUGGCGGCCUUGAGAAGGAGCGUGACUUCUACUUCAGCAAACUCCGCGACAUCGAACUCCUUCUCCAGACCGCCGUUGAGCAAGACCCAAGCCUGGAAGCCGACGAGAACGGCCUGAUCAAACAGAUCCAGACCAUUCUCUAUAGCACAGAAGAAGGGUUCGAGAUUCCAGACCUAGAUGCCAACGGGGCGGAAGAGCCGGAAACAUUCUGA